AUGUACAAAAAAAUAGAUUUGUUUCCAUCUCUAAUUCCUGAUGUACAGAGCAUAACCCCACCAAGAAAGGCGGAUUUUUCUCUUCCACCGCUGAAAUUUUCCAAAAACCAAGAAAAACCAUCACCAAAUGCCAGUCCUUUAAGAAUUGACCCAAAAUAUCAAUUAAAAAUCUCCGCAAUUUCGAGCAGCCAAGUUUCUCCAGUCCCAAUCCAAAACGUAGAUUUUAGUAAAAGUAAAAGAAAGGCUAAGAACAAGUUUUCGUUUAUUAAAAAAGCUGAAGAAGUGAUGAGUCCUUUUCCUCCCCCUUUGGAGAUUCUUAAUGCAAAGCUUCAAAACAAGCUGAAAUGCUCUAGACUAUUAGAUAUUACAGUGGCUUUCCCUGUGAAACAGAAUAAAAAAGAGUAUAUAAGAAUUAACAGAAACCAGUCUUUAACCCCGCACGGGAAGCUUGCAAGGUCUCCUACUCAUUUCGACUCCCCAAAGCAGAGUACUUAUCCAGAACAAAUUAAACAAGCAUUUAGGCCAAAAUUAAUCCAGCGAAUAAUCCCGUUAGAAUUGUCAUUACCUCCCGAUAAAAUUGGGCUAAGAUAUGUAAAUACCAACUACAAAGACGUAUCAAGAGCCAAAAGAUCGAAAUCAGAACUUGUAUCAUACCUAAAAAGAAAACCUCUCAAACAUCAUAAAGUAAAAGAAAACAACAUAAUAUCAGACUCCGAGCUAUCACAAAACUCUUCAAGAAAAAUUGUCCUUAAUAAACGAAGCAAGAAUCAGCAAGCAAUUACACUUGAUCACGAUUACGAGUUGAGCGCUCAUGAUAAGCAUUCCUUCGACGUAGCAUGCUAUGUAAAAGAAUUAAGCUCUACAGAGAGCUCGAAAUCUAUCAUUUCUAUCCUUCCCUCAGCUUUUCAAAACUCGACCCAAAUUUUGACGUUAACUUAA